GCGCAAGCAGAACAGGGGCAAGCAGAUGAGGCCCAACCUGAAAAGGUCCAUGCUGAUGAGGCCCACCCUGAAGCAGAUGAUGGAUAUCCUGGGGAUCGUGGAGAGUUAAGGGUUUUUAGCAAUGGAAAAAAAUUAAAAGAAGUUGUCAUUGAAAAUGACGAGGUUAAGGAACUUGUUAAAAGUUCCGGUUUAUAUCCAUUGCUAAAAUGCAGCUACGAGAUGAUCGACAAAUGUCUAAUUUCUGCCUUUUUUGAGAGAUGGCAUCGCGACACCAACAACUUUCAUCUUCCAAUUGGGGAGAUGACCAUUACUUUGGACGAUGUCUCUUCACUGCUGCAUAUACCCAUCACUGGUGCAUUUUUUAGUGUUAAUAUAUUUAAUAAGGAUGAAGUUGCAGUAUUAUUGGGUGAGCUAGUUGGGGUUAGUCUGGCUGAUGCAUAUGUUGAGUUUAACAUGACGUGGACAACCACUGUUCAGUAUAGUUGGUUGCUUGACGUAUACCAUCAGCGAUGUGCUGAUCAGCAUUGGCAGAUGGCUGCGAGGGCAUUUCUUUUAUUUUUGGUGGGUUGCACCUUGUUCAGCGACAAGAGUGCCUUCGCAGUGAGUGUUGCCUACCUUGAAUGCUUCAGAGACCUCAACUCAUGCGGGGGGAUAUGCAUGGGGUGA